AUGGCCAUUAUGGCAGAAAAGGGGGCUCCGAGCCAGUCGCUCGUUGCUCGACAGAAUGCAGCCAAAGCUCAUGGUCUCAUGGGCAUGCUCAAGAAUCCUUAUGUGUUCUUGACGUGUUUAUUCGCAUCAUUGGGUUGUAUGAUGUAUGGUUACGACCAAGGAGUCAUGUCCCCAAUCCUGGUUAUGGAAAACUUCGAGAACGAAUUCCCAACUCUCACUUCGUCGACACUUCAAGGAUGGCUCGUUGCUUCCCUUGAGCUUGGUGCCUGGCUCGGGGCUCUUUUCAACGGAUACCUCGCAGAUAAAAUCUCAAGAAAAUACAGUAUGAUGGUUGCCGUUCUCAUUUUCACACUCGGUACUGGUCUCCAAACCGGUGCUCAGAAUCCAUCAUACUUCUUCGCAGGUCGUAUCAUCGGCGGUGUGGGUAUUGGUAUGUUCUCCAUGGUCAUUCCAUUAUAUCAAGCAGAAAUUGCCCCUCCAGAACUUAGAGGAUCUUUGGUGUCACUUCAACAACUUUCCAUUACCAUCGGAACUACCAUUGCUUUCUGGCUCGACUUUGGAUUCUCCUUCUCUGGUGGAAACAAGUGUAAGCCAGAGGGUAUUGCAGACCCAUAUCUCGCUGAUGGCACCUACAAUGCUGCUGCAAACCAUGGACACCCUUGUACCGGUCAAAACCAAAUUUCCUGGAGAGUCCCAUUGGCAUUGCAAUUGAUUCCAGCAUGGACCCUUUUCAUUGGAAUGUUCUUCUUCCCAUUCUCUCCUAGAUGGUUGAUGUUGAAGCAUCGCGAAGAAGAGGCUAUUGCAUCUCUCUGCAAACUCAGACGUCUUGACGCCAAUGAUCCAUUAUUGCGAGCCGAAUUCCUCGAAAUUAAGGCCGCUGUCAUGUUCGACGAGGAAACCCAAGCGGAGCAAAUUGGCGCUGGUGGAAUGAUGGCCCCAUGGAAAGCAUUAUUCGUUCCUCAUGUAUUCAAGAGAAUCUUCUUAGGAUGUGCUAUGAUGGUGUUCCAACAGUUUACUGGUAUCAACGCUGUCUUGUACUAUGCCCCUCAAAUUUUCGCCAGUUUUGGUUUCUCUAGCACUACCACUACUCUUCUCGCUACUGGGGUCACUGGUAUCUUGCAAGUUCUCUUCACUUUACCAGCUGUUUUGUACCUUGAUAAAUUCGGUCGCAAGACUUUCCUGAUCGCUGGUGCCAUUGGUAUGUGCAUCUGCCACAUCGUUGUCGCUGCCGUCGAAGGUGUUUACGAAGACCAAUGGAACCUCAAUGAAGGCCUUGCUGUUACACAAGGAUGGGUCGCCAUUGUGUUCAUUUGGUUAUUUGCGGUCAACUUCGCCUAUUCUUGGGGACCUGUCACUUGGGUUCUUGCUCAAGAAAUCUUCCCAGCCAGUGUCAGAUCCCGUGGUGUCUCCCUUGUCGCAUCUACCAACUGGAUGUUCAACUUUAUCAUCGGCUUGACCACCAAAGACAUGCUUGACUCCAUGAAAUAUGGUACAUACAUCUUCUUUGCUGUAUUCAGUGCCGGAGGUGGUUUCUUCAUCUGGAAAUUCUUCCCUGAAACAAAGGACAAGACAUUGGAGGAACUCGAUGUGUACUUCGGCGGUAGCAUUGACAGUAUUGCGGCUGCAGAUAAAGCAAGAAUGCAAAGUAUCAACGAGAGACUUGGUCUUGCUAAUGCCGAGCGACCCGAAGAUAUCAAGUUGAACAACGACGAGAAGAUUGCUACAACUAUUCACCAAGAAUUGUAA